AAACAUGAUGCCCAACUGCAUUCUAAUGUACAGUCGUCUUCAGAACAAAUCGACAACGAAGUUUUGAUAAAUUUAGUAAAUGGUGCUGUUGGUUCUAUUAUGACACGCCUUCAAAGUAUGUAUAAACUCUCUUUUCCUGGGUCUAACGUAUAGCAAGUGUGCAGCAUAUUCAUAUAUAACAACUUGCAUGUGAUUACAAAUUUACAAGAUUUACAAAUUUUUGAAAUUAAAUUUCCGAUUGCCAUUUGGUUUAAAUGAAUAAUGUAACAAAUUACAACUUACAUUCAAACUUGACAACAAAUUGCAUUCAUAUUUUCUUUGGAUUGUGAAAACCAUCACGUUUAUUUAAAAGACAGUAAUGUUUUCCACAAUGCAGAAACAAAUUACAUUCACUUCCCAACUUUUGGAUAUAUCAGUCUAAUUUCAUUAGAGGGGAAGACACUAGAUUAAUGCGUGAAAUCGUUGGGUAGUGAAUGUAGUUUGUCCAUGUAUUGCAAACGUUUUGUUAAACCAGGUUAGUGCAUCAUUUUUGAAAUGUUCUUAUAAUUAAUCAUGUCAUUCUGUCCAAACCUCUUUUAGACUUGGCUGAAUUUGAAGGAGCAGAAACGAAAGUGACAACGUUGGUAGGAGCUGCUAUGAGUCCAGAUAAUCUAUGUCGUAUGGAUCCUGCCUGGCAUCCGUGGUUAUGA